AUGCGUUGGUUGUUGUCGUGUCUGUUCCUCGUUACAUAUGUAUCGUGUAGCAAGGUCCUUGAGCUCACUAAAGACAAUUUUCAUUCCGAGUUAAAAUCAAUCCCAGUUGCUCUGGUGAAGUUUUACGCUCCAUGGUGUGGUCACUGCAAAAACCUAGCUCCUGAGUUCACUUCAGCCGCAGAAAUCAUAUCCGGGAAAACUGGCGAUGUUAAACUCGUUAAGAUUGACUGUACCGCCCACGAAAGUAUCUGCUCAGAAUUUGGAGUUAGUGGCUACCCUACUCUAAAAAUCUUCAGGAAUGGAGAUUUAGACAGUGAAUAUAAUGGUCCAAGGAAUGCAAAUGGAAUCGUCGAUUUUAUGAUGUCUCGAGCAGGACCUGCAUCCAAAGAAGUCAGCACUGUUAGUGAUGUCGAGGACUUCUUAUCAGACGACAAGCCAACUGUGUUUGCAUUUAUGAAAUCGUCUAGCGACCCAUUAAUGAAGACUUUCAUGGCUCUUGCAAAAUCAAUGGUCGACGACGCUGUAUUUUGUCAUAGUCAUAAUAAUCUUUUUGUAACUCCUGAUGACUACGAAUUGAGAGUUUACUUGCCUAAACGUCUUCGAACAAAGUUUGAGGAUGACUUCGCUCUUUAUAAAGGAGAAUUUGAAUCUAGCAAUAUUAAGGAAUGGAUCCGUAAACAUGGCCAGGGACUGGUUGGUUACAGAACACCGUCAAAUUCAUUUUACUUCGAAAAUGUCGAUUUAGUAGUAUUAUACAAUAACCAAUCCGUAGAUUCAUAUCCAUCUGGAGUAAAGUAUCUAAGAAAUCGUGUUUUCAAAACACUUAAGGACAAUCCUAACAAAUUCAAGAAUUUGGUUUUCGCUUAUAGCUUCUCGGACGAUUUUUCUUAUGAACUAUCUGAGUAUGGUAUAGAAGCGGAUAAACUACCAGCAGUUGUAAUCCAAUCUAAAGGCAAAAAGUACAAGCUUGAGCAGUUUAGUCUUGAUGCAUUCUCCGAUUUUUUGAAUAAAUUUGAAGAUGGUCUUUUGACCCCACAUGUCAAGUCAGAACCUCUCCCAACAGACGACUCUAGUGCAGUUACAAAGUUAGUUGCACUCAACUUUGAUGAGAUAGUAAAUAACGAGGAAAAGGAUUACGAGGAAGCAGCCAGUAAACUUAAAAAUGAACCAAAUUUGGUCUUGGCUGCUAUGGAUGCAACCGCCAAUGACGUCCCUUCGCCUUAUCAAGUCAGGGGAUUCCCAACAAUCUAUUUCGUCCCUAAAGGAAAGAAAUCUUCACCUGUACCUUACGAGGGUGGUCGUGACACUACUGACAUCAUCAAAUACCUUGCACGCGAAGCUACUGAAGAACUUAAUGGGUACGACAGAUCAGGCAAUCCAAAGAAAGGUGAACUAUAG